GCCGCCAAGACCUUCUCCGACGGCUUUCUCAUCAGGUUUCUGCGGGCAAGAGACUUCGACGUGGAGCUCGCCCUGAAGCUCUUACUUAACUAUCAGCGGUGGCGAAAGGAGUGUCCUGAGAUCAGCAGCUGUCUGUCCCCCUCCUCUGUGCUCGGGCUCCUCAACGCAUCGUACCAUGCCGUUCUCCCACAGCGGGACCUCACUGGCAGCAGGGUGCUCAUCUACAGAAUUGGCCAGUGGAACCCAAAGGACUGGUCAGCCUUCCAGGUGUUCAGGGUCAGCCUUAUGACAUCUGAGAUCAUCUCCAGGGAGACAGAGACCCAGAGGCGGGGUCUGAAGGCCAUAUUUGACCUGCAUGGGUGGUGUUUAGGCCAAGCUCUACAUAUUACCCCUUCCCUCGCCAGAAAAAUAUCCUCUGUACUUUCGGACUCGUUUCCGCUGAAGGUCCGAGGAAUUCAUCUGGUCAAUGAGCCAAGGGUCUUCCGGCCAGUCUUUGCCAUGAUUUGUCCCUUCCUGACAGAUAAGAUCAAACAGAGGAUCCACAUGCACGGUGCUGAUUUCCACAAAACCUUAAGUGACUUCUUCUCACCAGCCAUUCUGCCUCCAGAAUAUGGAGGGAAGGGACCCGGAAUAGAGGAGGCAUGUCACGACUGGACCAAUCAGCUGCUUCAAUCAGAGAAGCUGCUGCAGCAGAUAGCCGCUCACCCAACUGCUGAUAUCACCAUUACUCCUGAUGAUCUCAGGGAAAAAGAAGACUGAACUGUUGUCAGACAGAUGAUGUUUGGCCUCUUGAGUCACACACGUGGUUGUCUUGCACUGUGGACCAAAACACUCUCUGCUGGCCAUUUUGGGGUCUUUGCCUCUACCGUAGUGUCCAAGCUGUUGGCUGUGUGAUGAGAGCUAAAAAGACGUAUAUCUGGUCCCCCACACAUCCUGGAAAACCUGGACAUUUUUGACCAGUUUUCUAGUCACGGAAAUUGAGAUAAACUGUACAAUGUCCUGGAAAAACACUGACAUCCUGGAAAAUAACUUUCACAACUUUGUAUUUUCCUUUCUUGAGAGCAAACUGUCAGAUCUCAGCAUGAUCUGACAGCUGAAUUAGGGGGAACAGCUGUCAGUAAUCAAUUGGUCAUAAAGCAUCAGCAUAGAUUAACACAUAAGAUUUAAGAGAAACUUCCAUAAGGGAAUUUGUUAUUCUAAGACGUUGUUCCCAUUUGACAUCACUGAAAAUGUCCUGGAAAAUUAUUUCUUGUAAAGAGCGACAACCCUGAUACUGGCUCUGCUGCUUUUAAAACCUUCAGCACCAAUCCACCAUGCUGACUUUACAGGAUGUUUGCUUGUGAACUCUCAUUAUAUUGUUCACUGAAGUCUGGCUAAAGGGUGAGGCUGCAUCUUCUGGUUGAACUGCACAUGUUAAGAUUCAGGCUCAGGAAGGACCCAGAAUGCAGACCCGAGUGAGAGUCUUAGGAUUUAAGCAGUUUAGUAGGACAAGGAACAAAAGACAGACAACCAGAAGCUCAACCUGACAACAAAAUUCAACCGGGCAUAAGGAAUACCUAAAAACACAUAAAUUGGUCAGGGAGUGAUAAAAAAACAAUGGAACCAAACAAAUAGUUACAACACACAGAGCCUGUGGACGAGGCAGGGAAAAUGUCCAGACUUAUAAGUGUCCACAACAAAAACUAACCGGGUGUGAGGAUAAAGCAGCCAGGUAAGAGAGUAGACAAAACUCAGGAACAGGCUGGCGAGAGCAAAUGAACCAGUGACUAACUGGGAAGGGAGUAAGAAUGUUAAAAUCAUAAAUGAUCAGUUUUACCAUACUGUGCAGGUAAAGCAGACAAGGUAGGGGUGUCGACCUUUCUCUUAAAAGCAAAUAAGUGUAUUUCCUGCAAUGCUGAAAGUUUUUUAAUGUAAUUCAUGUCAUGCAAUUCAUAUGCAUGUGAGUUCACCUACCUUUGCUAAUAUCUGCUAGCUGCUCACUUUUAACAGUUAGUUCAAAUGAACUUCUCAAGCUUCCGAGUGUUUUGGAGCUGAGACCGGACCUAAAGACAGAAUGCCUUACUUUGUCACCUCCACUCAGAAACAAGCCUACUUUCUUUUAGGUCUUUCGGUUUUUCAGGAAUGCUGCUGAAUGCUACAUGGAUGUCACAUCACAUCUGGUUCUUUCAGGGAUCUCUAGUCAUUCCGUUGUUAGACAUUUAUAGCUAACAGCCAGAGGACGGAUUGCUAGGAGGCCAGCAGGACACCGGCCAGAGGACUGGGCUCGGAGCAGAGGAGAAUGAGACACUCUGCUACAGUAGCCCUCAGGUUUGUCCUGCUUUAAACAAACAGUGUCUUACUGUGAAAUCCUGUGAACUCAACCUGAGAGCCAGCGUGACAGUGCAGAGUCCACACUGUGAGGGAGACUGAAGUAUUGUAUGCCAUCUUGGACAGCAAGUAAAAGAUAAGUAAAUGAUGAGCAUGGACUCUGCCUUCCCUCCAGCUUGUCACUCCAGGCUUUCAUCUUAUCAAUCCAGCCUGUCUUCUGUUUGUUCACGAUCAUUUGAACAGGGUCUUCAUUUGAACUGUUAAUAGGAUUCAACUGUUUCCAUGGUUUUAUAUAACCUCUG